AUGGAAUCAGAUAAUUUGGGGGAGAAGGUUUGGCAUUCAUUGCCAGCUGGCUAUGCUGGGCACAUGGAGCGUGUUCGUUCGUGUUAUGUCGAAGAAGCAUUAUAUAUUGCGUGCAGCGUUCGGCCUCUGUACGUGCAAUCGGUGACGUCAUCAUGUACCCUGUAGGGGAGGUAUAAAUUGGGUGCCUUGAGGUCCCCUCAUAGUAGCAGUAUCAUGCGUACGUUGUUUGUUGAUGGAAUUGACGCGCCGGAGUUGUACAUGUUACGAAGGGAGGGGGAAGCAUGGAAUGGCACGGAUCAGGGCGGGGGGCGGGGGGGUGUCAAAAGGCGACAUAUAUGGCGUAUAUGAGCUUGAGCGUGUUUGUACGUCUAGUAGCACUACAGUACAUGCUGCUGCAAGGGACGACAAGGGAAAAACAAAAAAAGACAAAUGAAACAAAAAAUACAAAGAGAAAAUAACCAAACAAANAAAAAACAAAAAAAAAGACAUAUGAAACAAAAAAUACAAAGGGAAAAAAACCAAACAAAUAAAUAUCGAAAGGAAAACAUCCUAAUUUUCGGCCCCGUCAGUACCACUUGGCUGACACGGUCUCCACAGGGUUUUCCCAGGGUGUGCACCCCGCCAUGGUCCCUGAGUGGCAGGGUACGUACAGGGUGUGGGAUCAGUACCCUCGCAGGGUACCCACCCUGCCAUUGGGUCAAGCCUGCAGCGUAGUCUUUCCAGGGUGACCUUGACAGGGUGAAAUCUCCCCACCCUGGCAGGGUAGCCGAAUGGCUACGUCAGCAGUGAGCACGUACGCA